UUGACAGCUUUUUAAAGCAACAAAUUACAAAGCUAUUCAAACAACUCGAUGCAGCGUAACAAGGAAGUUAAAUACGAAAAGAAAUUAGAUUUAUGAAGUGAAUCAUCACGACUAGACAGUUUAUGUUUGGAUUAACAAAGGACUUCACAAUGCCUUCCGUUGUACUUGCCUUGGCACUGUCCAUCAGUCUAUUAGUAGAAUGCACAGAUAUACACGGGAAUGCAAUAAUGGACACGGCAUUUGAGAAAGAGCGGGAUAAUUUGCACGUGGCUACCAGAGGUUACAACAAGGGUUUGUCGGUACCUGCCAAAAGUAUUAACAUAAAAAACAACUUGAACACAACACCAAGAAAUAACGUUUUCAGAAAGAAAAUUAAGACACUGAAAGAAACUACAUGUAAAGUUGAAUUAGAAAGCGAGAGCAUCAAGAAAUUCAGACACAUAGUCUAUUAUUCCGAAGCAAAUUUCGUUUAUUUGAAGCUUGUACCAGAGGCGGAUGUAAAUAUCACAGGGAGCAAGCUUAUUGUUGGCGAAAACGUGUGGGUAUGGACGUUUUAUGGAAAGGAAGGGGGUCUCGAGUUUUUGAAAUGGCCUAUGGAAUUUGGGAUUUGGUCGAUGGGUUUGCUGUCUAGUUACGUCAGUAAGGAACCAAUAACGAUAAAACUGUCACAUGUAUCUGGGAACUGUUUAAAUUUAGAAGUCGGAGAAAGGAGUAGUGACGAAGCUAUCAGCAAUGCAUUAGUAAAUUUGACUACAAUAAUGCUGCAGUUUGGCGAAAAAUACGGACCAAGUUUUUACUGUUAUAAAUCUAGAGUUUACAUUGAGCCACAUUUCGUUUACAUGUUGUGUAAGCAUAUUGUUUGUCCCAUUGAAGCCAUCAAGUACAACUGUUGUUCUUACUUUUACAACACAACAUUGCAGAGAAGAGAGGUUAACUGUAAUGAGCAGGAAUUUAAAUAUGACCCAGUGAACUGGAUUCUACCCACUGUAGUGUCUAUACUGUUGUUUGGGUUUUGUCCAGUUUUUAUUCUAUACGUUGGUCACUUGGUAGCAGACGAAGGCAGAGGUCAUCUAAAGGGAACCUUGCAUAACGUUAUAGAAAACACCAGGGAUGAAAGUAUUACUACUACGGAACGACUAGUUUUAUUGGACGAACACCAUUACGUGACCCUUCCCAAAACGCUUUGUUUGCCAAUGAAAAAUUGUUUCUUUAAUGCAUAUUCAAAGGCUUCAGUGCCUUGUCAGAUUAUUUUCAGCAGGGUUUGGCGAAUAAUUUUACCAUUUCUCAGUUUGGUUAUCAUAGGUUUGCAAGUGUGUCUGGAUUACUGGUAUCUAUAUUCAUUUGUCGAAACAAGUAUUAAGAAAGGGGUUCCCUUGGGUUUCCGGUCUGUGUUAGCAGGCUAUAAAGAGAGUAAACUAAACUUUUUACCAUAUCUAGGUGGUCCCUUUGUUGCUGUUGGCAUAUAUAUUUUCAUAACGAGUGUAUUGCUGGUGAUCCCUGCCUCUGUGUCGGAACUACUUUUGAAAGGUCUCCAAAGCAACAAUGUAGAUGAAACGUAUUCCCCUUUGUGCAUGAGACUUAGAUCAAUCGAAUCGUUUGGUUCAAUAAGUAUCAGGAGAAGACAUGGGUACUUCAAAAUGUACAGUGUGUUUCUGGCGCAGUUCUUUAUGCUUCUCAAUAGUAAAUUCUGGAUGCACGUAGUUAACGUGCAAUAUGAACGUUGGAAGAAAUACUGUUGCUCGAAACUAUGCCUUCUGUUUAUACCGGUUUACAUCAUUGUUUGCAUCAUUGAAAUAGCAUUUUGCGUUAUAAUAUAUGGUUAUCCCGUCAUUUCCUUUGCUCUUAUGAUCAUUAAAGCAUAUUGCGGAAAACUUUGGAACCCAAAUGCCAAUCGGAAAUUUCCACUGAGAAUUUUUAUUUUUGUAUUUACGGUUGUUCUGAUAGUGUCUGUUAUGUAUUUUCUUUUUAUGUUUGCCACAAUUUUCAUGGAUGCUUGUCUGUUUUUAACCAGGGUAGUCGUUUUCACAUUCACUGGGAUAGUUAUCUACCCUAAAGUGUCCUACGGAUAUCUUAUUUUCACUUUCACUGUUUUCUAUUACAUCUGGGAAAGUAUUCAGGAGUAUUCUAACGUUUACCAACGUCUGCUGAAGGAUACAAUCGCUACAUGUGAGAGUUUACAGAGAGCCAAUGACUCGGAAAAACUUGUUAUGAGAAGCGGGGAUUACAAGGCGAUAAAAGAAUCGCUGUUUGAACACAUCAUUGAAAACCAUUUUCCUAGGCGGAAGCAAGUGUUCCUGUCAGUUCUGAAAGUCGGCGUGAUUCUAACUAUUUUGGGACUGUCUAUAAAUGUUCUGUCGGAAACCGAUGGAUUCCGUGAACUCCAUGUCAUAAUGCAUGUUGGUACAGCUCUGUUUGUUUGUGCUUUGCCGCAAAUUCUGAAAUCUAUGUGUCGGGAUCAUGGUGCGAAGUUUAAACAGAAACGAUUUCGGAGAGAACUUGCGGACACUAUUACAAGCUACACAGGCUAUCGUUCUAUUGAGUCCUCUGACAGCGAUCUAGAUUGAUAAAUAUGAUUUGUGUCGCUGAAUAUUAUAUGUCUUAUUAGUUAUUGGACGAUUGCUUAGUAUUCCAGCAAAAGAAAACCUGUUGUGAGCAAUAGAUUAUCACCAGGAGUUCACCGGUGUUAAUUGUUUUAGAGAAACUGUAUAUAUGGGGUGACUCAUAAAUAACUUGUAAUAUGUUACAUUAUUGAAGACAGACUUUGAAACUUUGAUCGUUGAUUGACUACAAAAGGGUAAAAUUUUGACGGUUUAUGUAGUUUGUAAUAUGUGAUACUUCUUGACGACAAAUUUCAAAUCUGGGCAACAUGACAAUUUUGAUUUUUGAGUGCGGUUUAUAUGAUAGUUAUAUAAUUUGUUAUAUGACAAAAUUUUUAAGUUAUUUUUAUAUUGUCGACAUGGAAAUGUUGAUUUUGGAGUUCAAAGGCAUAUCGGACAGUUUUCUAUAUGUAUGUAGGCAAACAUUUUCUUACGGAUCGAAUUACUUUAAACUUUGUGUACUGACUGAGAGUCCAUUUUAAAAUGGAAAUGUGUAUUAAAAUCAUCGGUAUCCGGGCUUGAUAGUGAAUUACUUGCCCUUGAAAAAAAAUAUUUUUUUCUGUAGUUCCGACUUUCAAGGGCAGAUAAUUCAUUACUAAGGCUGGGUACCUAUGAUUUGUUCUAUUAUAUAUUUCUGUUUUUGAUUUGAUUCUCUGUCAGUAAACACAGUUAAAAGAAGAAAUUCUGUCCGUAAGACAAUUUUGCCCCAUGUCAAUAUAGACACUGUGACAAAUGUUCUUAACUAUGAACAUGACAAAAUGAUACCGCAAAGUUCUGGUCUUUCCCAUGGACCGAAUUUCUUUUAACUUUGUAUACUGACUGCAAAAUGAAGUCUGAAACAGA